AUGGACGACCCUUAUCAAAACAAUAUAAACCAGCAGGGAGAGACGUAUCCCACGUACGGUGGAGAAGAGUACACUUACCCCUAUCAGACAGACUACCCUCCUCAGGAGGAGGAAGAUGCUGCUAGCGAUGCCACCGAGGGGCAUGAUGAAGACGAUCAGAUGUAUGAGGGCGAGUACCAGGGCAUCCCUCAUCCGGACGAGAUCAAGGAGGCACGGAGAGCCGCCCGAAGGGAGGCCCGCAUGAAGGCCAGGAUGGCCGCUGAGGUGGAGGAGGAAACGUUGCCUGAUCAAUACGAGUCCAUCAUGGAAGACUGCGGUCACGGCCGCUUCCAGUGGACCCUCUUCACGGUGCUGGGCCUGGCCCUGAUGGCUGACGGGGUGGAGUGCUUCGUAGUGAGCUUCGCCCUGCCCAGUGCUGAGAAGGACAUGUGCCUGUCAAACGCUGACAAGGGCAUGCUGGGUUUAAUAGUGUAUGUGGGGAUGAUGAUCGGGGCUGUCCUGUGGGGCGGUCUGGCUGAUAAACUGGGCAGACGUCAGUGUUUGCUCUACGCGCUGGCCAUCAACUGCAUCUUCUCCUUCCUGUCCUGUUUCGCGCAGGGCUACGGCUUCUUCAUCUUCUUCAGACUCUGCUCAGGAAUCGGGAUCGGUGGCUCAAUCCCCGUGGUGUACACAUACUAUGCUGAGUUCCUGCAGAUGGAUAAAAGAGGAGAACAUCUCAGCUGGCUGUGCUUGUUCUGGAUGCUCGGGGGACUGUACGCUUCCUUCACCGCAUGGGGAAUCAUCCCACAUUAUGGCUGGGGUUUCAGCAUGGGGACGGAGUUCCAGUUCCACAGUUGGAGGGUGUUUGUGCUGGUUUGUUUCCUUCCCUCUGUGGCUGCUCUCGCUGGGCUGGUGUUCAUGCCAGAAAGCCCCCGAUUCCUCCUGGAGACUGCAAGACACGACGAGGCCUGGAUGAUCCUGAAGCAGGUCCAUGACACCAACUGGAGGGCGAAAGGAGAGCCAGAGAGAGUGUUUCAAGUUUCGCAGAUCAAAAUGCCUCAAAAUGCACAGGAUGACGAGUUCAUAGAGAUUCAGAGUGAAACUGGCACUGCCUUCCAGAGAUUCAUGGUCAGACAUUUGACCCUGGUUAAGCAGGUCAUGAAGAACCUGAUGUCGCUCGCCGCACCUGAUCUCAGACUGCACGGUUUGUUCAUUGCCAUCGUGUGGUUUACGAUGGCCUUCAGUUAUAAUGGCCUGGGAGCGUGGUUUCCCGACCAGAUCAAGUACCUCCAGUUUGAGGAGUACGAGGCCAACGUCAAGAUCUUUCAUCGUGAGAAAGUGGAGCGCUUUCAUUUCAACUUCACCCUGCAAAAUCAGAUCCACAAGGAGGGGGAGUAUAUCCACGACAGGUUCAUCAACAUAGAAAUAAGAAACGUGAAGUUUGAGGAGUCGCUCUUUGAGAACUGUUAUUUUGAGGACAUCAGAUCAACAGACACCUUCUUUGAGAACUGCACCCUUAAAAACACAGUCUUCUACAACACUGACCUUUGGGAAGAUUCCAAGUUUAUCAACUGUAAGCUGGAAAACGCAACCUUUCUGCACCCCAAAAAAGGCUGCCAUCUAAAUUUCCAAGAGGAAAAUGACAUCCUGAUCUAUCUAGUCAGCUUCCUGGGGAGUUUGUCUGUAAUUCCAGGCAACAUCGUAGCAGGCCUAUUAAUGGAUAAAAUAGGACGGUUAAAAAUUAUAGGGGGAUCCAUGCUAGGCUCGGCCGUCUGCACGUUCUUCCUGCUCCUGUGCUUCAGUCAGUGGGCCGUCGUCUUCUUCCAGUGCCUGUUCUUCGCAGCCAGUGCUGCGGCUUGGAACGGCAUUGAGGUCGUCACGGUGGAGCUCUAUCCAGCCUCGAAAAGAGCCACAGCGUUCGGUGUGCUGAAUGGCACGUGUAAACUGGCAGCUAUCGUCAGCACCUUCGUCUUCGGCAAGUUUAUCGGCAUCACCAAGAUCGUCCCCAUCAUCCUGUCCUUCUCGGCGCUGGUGUGCGGAGGGCUGCUGGCGUUUAAGUUACCCGAGACGCGAGAGGUCAUUCUUCAGUGA